GAGUUCAGUGGUUCGCCGUAAUAGGGUAUUGGAGUAGGUUCGCCGCAGCCCGCAGUGUUCCUAAGAAACAUAAGAAUUACGGAAGAAUGGGUCAUUAACAACAUUGAAGUUUUGCAUUAUUCGCCGUGCUUUACAGAAAUGGACGGUUGCGAAAGUCCAGUCCCACCUGGCAUGGAGGAAGACGCCGAGUCGCUGGUGCUGCCGGCUCUACAGCGCUGUGUGGACGAGCUGGCGGUGGUGGGCGGCGCCGAGCCGUCGGCCGUGCUGGAGCGACUGCAGGAGCACCUCUGCCCGGCGCUGGGCAUCCCGCCGCGCUCCGACGCCGCCGAGCUGGGCCAGCUGCUGGUGUGCCGGCUGUGGAACCUGCCGCUGCGCGAGUCGCUGGGUCAGCUCACGACGCGCCUCAGCCGGCGGCUGGCCGCCGAGCUGCUGCUCCUGCUGGCCGGAUCCGCUCCGCUGCCGGUGGCCAACGCCACGCAGGUGCUGCUGACGGCCGCGCGCCAGUGCCUGGCCGACGGCGAGCUGUCGCGCGCGCUGUCGCUGUCGGAGCUGGCUCUGCGCGACCUGCUGCUGCGCCGCGCUGCCGCCGAGAGCCAGCUGGCCACGUUCGCGCGCCGCGCCGACACGCUGCGCCAGCUGGCGGCCAUCGAGCAGGCGCGCUUCGGCUGCCUGAUGGUGCGCGCCGAGGCGCUCUUUCUCCGCGAGGAGUGGCAGGCGGUGGACGAGACGGUGCGCGAGGCGGGCGGCGCGCGGGACGCCAGCGGCGACCAGCUGCGCUACAUGCAGCGCCUCAUGUUCAACUUCGGCCUGAGCCGGUACCGGCAGCGCGACUGGACGCAGGCGGCGCGCUGGCUCAACAGCAGCAUGGAGGUGGGCCAGGGCCUGGCGCGCAGCCACGGGCCGUCCGAGCUGCGCGCGCGCACCCUGGACCUGCUGGCGCGCACGCACCUGCAGGCGGGCUCGGCGGCCGACCUGCGGCGCGCCACCCAGCUGCUGCAGCUCGGUUUCUCAGAGACGCCUAGUCUGACGGCGCGGCUGCUGAUCCUGAGCUGCGAGCUGCGCCGGCGCGCGGCGGGCGACCCCGAGCAGCCGGCCGGCACCGUGGAGCACUGCGUGCGCGACGCGGCCGACUGGUGCCGCCGGCCGGCCGAGCUGGUGCGGCUGGCCGACCUGCUGGUGCAGCACCAGUGCGGUGCGCAGGCGGUGCCCGUGCUGCGCCGUGCCGCCGCCGACGGCUGGAGUGGGGACGCGUGCCGGCGCGCCGUCCACCUGCUGCUGAGGCUGGAGCGGCCCGCGGAGGCGCUGAAGGCACUCUCCGAGUACUGCGCCCAGCCCGAGCACACCAAAGACGGUCAGACGGUGGUGGGCCAGGUAGCCGCCCUCGAGGAACGUGCCGACGCCCUGAUGGAGGCUGGUGAGCGAGAGUCGGCCGUGCAGCUGCUCGAGAAGCUGGCCGACCUGCCCGGUGUCGAGCCGGAGACCGCGGCGCGGCUGCUGCGGAACGUGGCCCGCUGUCGGCGCGACGCCGGCGAGCUGGAGGCCGCCGAGGCGGCGCUGCGCCGCUCGCUGCAGCUGCAGCCGGGCUGUCCGGCGGCGCUCUACCUGCUGCUGCAGCUGCUGCUGGCCGCCGAACGGGAGCAGGACGCCCUCCAGGUGCUGCCCGCCAUAGACGCGGCGCCGGACCGGGCGGCCGUGGCGCGACUGUGGCGCCACCUGUGCGCCUUCUCCCUGGGCCGCCAGAUGGCCGGCCUGUACGAGCGGCUGCUAGAGGCGGCGGCGCGUCACCUGGACCGGGCCGAGGACUGCCUGCCGCUCGCACAGUGCCUGGUCAGGUGUCGUAUCGAGACUCUGGAGACUCAGCCGGUGGACGAGGGAGCCGCCGAGCCGCCGGACGUCGGACCGCUGCUGGCUGCCCUGGAGAUGGCGCUCGUCACCCUGCAGCGCUGUCAGGUCAGCGGCGGCCCGGCGGCAGCCGGCAGCGCGGCCGCCCGCUGGCUCUCAGACGUAUCGUGGAACGUGGCCGUACACGGCGGACGGGAUAUGGCUCCGGCUGACCGGGGUCGACUCUUCAACCUCUGCCGGCUGUUCCUGCAGGCCGGUCCGGGACCCUGUCAGGAUCCGGCCGGUUUGGCGCUGUGCCGCACGGCGGCGACGAUGGCGGCGGCAGCCGCUCUGGAGGCGUCUCGUCAUCCGGCUCUGACACUGCAGGAGAAACGGGCUCACCUCGGGGAGGUGCUCGACUGUGUGGAGGAGUGCCGCGCGCUGACCUCACGGCUCGGCGGCAGCUCAGCCGGCUGGACCGACCGCUCGGACGUGCUGCUCUACCAGCUGGAGGCCAAGGCCGGGCUGGGGGCGCCCGAGCUGCCCGGUCUGGUCUCGGCGCUGAUCCACCGGCCGGACUCUGAGCCCGCCACCCUGGAGGCCGCCGCCGCCCUCCUGGGCAGCUGCCGGCCCGAGCUGACCGCCCGAGCACUGAGAGCCGCCGCCGACCUGCUGCUGCGGGCGCCGGACGUCGACUGGGGCAGAGUGGCCGCGCUACAGACCAGGUACACCAGUCUGAUGCUGGACCACGUGGACGCGCCGGAGCUGCCGGCCGACCGGGCUCUGGCCGCCGUGCUGGCCGUCCGCGACUCCAUUCGACGAUCAGAGGGACGCUACCCCAAUAUGACGACUCUGUAUGUGAUGACCCGGACCUGGAACCAGGCCGUUCAGCUUUCCCUGCAAGGACAGCGGCAGCAGGCCAACAGAUGGGCGGCGGCGGCACGCAGUAUGGCCGCCCUGCUGGUGGCCCAGACGGACUGGUAUAGACAGAGGAUGCGCCAGCUGCCCGACCCAGGGGCCGUGCCGCCCACAGUGGAGGGCUAACACCCGCCCCGAGACAGACUGGUAACGCCAGAGGAUGCGACAGCAGCUGCUCGACCCUGAGGUAGUGCCUCCUACACUGGAGGGUUACCUCCCGGCCCAGACAAACACUGGGACGGGGAGCCGCCGGCCUGCCGUCUCACCAGAGCUCCAACACCGAGGUGUCGACCAUGGCUGCCGAGAUCUCACCCUAACCCGCUGAACCUCUUCCCUUGGCUGUACCGUGAGGGCAAUUACAAGUGUAUCUGUUUCACAGUUGUGCAGUUACUGCUAGUCUUUCAAGUUGUGCAAUGUGCUGGCCUUAAAGUCUUUCCAGGAAUCAUCGUGAUAUGGAUCUAUUAUGUAUUAUGUGUAGCAUCUGGUUGAUUAAAGUUGUGCGUUGCUUAUAUGUUAUGUAGCAUUGCAAAUAAACGCUUUACCUAAGAGUUAAGU